UACUUGUUGUUAAAAUUUUCUCCGCUCCCCUUCUUUGAACCAAACAUAUAUUUAGUUAAAUUUCCUCCCCUCCGUUCCCCUCCAAUCCCCUCCCCUCGAUUAAAUUCCCUCUCCUCCCAUCCCCUCCGUUUAACGAAACGGACCCUUAUGUUUGUGUUCAUUUUAAUUGAAUUGAAGGGACUAUAUAUUUAUCAUCAAAACAACAUAGAGAAUCAUAGAACAAAAAAAAGAAGAAAACAUGGGUGCUAUAGCUUCAAAGUUUGUGUUCGUUUUCAUUAAAUUGAAGGGACUAUAUAUUUGUUAUCAAAACAACAUAGAGAAUUAUAGAACAAAAAAAAUAGAAAACAUGGGUGCUAUAGCUUCAACUCUGUCCGUUGCAACAGAAUUAGCACCACCCGUAGCUAAAGUUAAAGGCAUUUUCACCUACCCUGUUAAGUCAUGCCGUGGAAUCUCUCUUCCUUCUGCUCCUCUCACUCCUUUUGGAAUUCGGUGGGAUCGACAGUGGAUGAUUGUAAACUCAAACGGCAGAGCACGCACUCAAAGAGUUGAACCAAAGCUUGCUUUGAUUGAAGUUGAACUUCCAGAUGAAGCUUUUCUUGAACACUGGGAACCUACCACUGAUUCAUCCAUGGUGUUGAAAGCACCUGGAAUGGAACCUCUCAAAGUUUGUUUGAACAAACAGUAUGAAAUAGUAGAUGAUAUUAAAGUUUGGGAAUGGAAUGGCCCUGCCUGGGAUGAGGGAGCCGAAGCAUCGCAGUGGCUCUCGGAUUAUUUAGGAUAUCCUAGUAAACUGAUCCGGUUCAAUACUGCUUCCGAAACUAGAAAUGUAGACCCUGAUUAUGUUGAGGGACAGCAGAUGACCUUGUUCAGUGAUGGUUUUCCAUUCUUACUCUUAUCUCAGGAAUCACUGGAUGCACUAAACGAGCUUCUAGAGGAACCAAUACCUAUUAAUCGUUUCAGACCCAAUAUCCUUGUUGAAGGUUGUGAGCCAAAUGCUGAAGACUUGUGGAGAGAUAUCAAGAUAAACAGCUUUUCAUUUAAGGGUGUCAAGCUGUGUGCCCGUUGCAGGAUACCAACGGUGAAUCAAGAGACAGGAAUACCUGGAAGUGAACCAUAUGAGACUCUCAUGAAAGUUAGGUCUGGCGAAGUCUUGAGACCAAAUGGAAAACACAAAAAAAAGAUCUACUUUGGUCAGAAUAUGGUGUGGAACUGGAAGGAUUCUUCUGCUAAAGGGGAUGGAAACGUGCUUAAAUUGGGAGAUCCUGUUUAUAUUAUCAAAAAAUUCUCUUCUCUAGCAGAAGCAGCUGCUUAAAAGACUAUGAUGACACAAACUUAUCAAAAGAUUCUAUUGUCUACAAGAAGCAGCUGUUUAAGUGGCUAUGAUGAAGUUAAGUGAUUAUAUUUACAUGAUUGCUGCAUAUUUAUUUGAAUAGUUGUAAAUUGUAACGCAUCUAUUGUGUCUUGUAUCCCAUUAAUAACAUGACAAUAAGGAUCAUGCAAGAAAAUAAACAAACUUUCUAAAUAUAUUGGAUUGAGAUUUUUAUAGACUAUGGCAUGUUUGAA